AUGUCAAAACUGUGUGGUUUGAACGUAGUUCAGCUACGAGAAGAACUACAGAAACGAAGCCUCGUCACAAGUAGCAACAAAGAAGUACUAGUAGCACGUCUGAGAGAAGCUCUCAUUGACGAAGGUAAGAACCCAGACGAAUUCAAGUUUGAUGGUGCUGGC